UGGGGGGGGAGUGUUUGGGGGAGAGACUCCUAAUAGAAGUGCUUUAAAAUGAUAGAAGGGUUCGAUAGGGUUACCAUCAAUCAGCUGUUUGCAGUGCGGGGCUCCGCCAGAGGGGACACGAGUGUAAGAGAGUUAAAAGAGAACUAUUUCAGGAGCACUUUCACACAGAGGGCAGUGAGACCGAGCAAUUUGCUGCUGAAGCCGCGGUUGAAUCAAUGAAGAUGCGUUCAAGAGGAAUUGAGGCUUUCACAUGAGGAAGAGGGGAGUAGAAGGGAGCGACACGGAAUGCGUGGAGUACAAACACUGGCACCGACUGUUGGACCUCGUGCCCUGUUCCCGUGUGGCCAGUUCUUUGUAAAUCUCUCUGUGAAGGGGAAAGGGAAGAUGGGAGUUAAAGAGGUUCUAAAGGGUCCUGAAGUCUGUACUGAUCCCUUCACGCUCACCACGCGUGCCGUGGGGGUCAACGUCUACAAACAAGGCACAGACCCCGAACUGAAGCCCAGGUCUGAGUACCCCGAAUGGUUGUUCACUCUGAAUCUUGGCCCUCCGAAGAAAUUAGAGGAAUUGGAUCCAGAAUCUCGGGAAUACUGGAAUCUGCUGAGGAAACACCACAUGUGGCAAUUUAACAAACUUCACAAAGGGAAGAAACUCUAGGACAAUGAACGGUGAAUGUCACCCAGGGCUUGGGUUGGGCCAACAACCUCAGUGAGGUGUGAGCUGGCUUCUCUCGUAGGACAGACGAUGUACAGACCAGUGCAGGAGGGAGACUCCUGAGCUCACAGCAGCGGCUGGGAUACGGGAACAGGAGAGAUGCUUUGUGGUUACUUAUUCUGUAACGGCUGAAUAUUUAAAGAGAAAAAUAAAAAGUGACCAUUCUGAA